AUGGCAGUUCUAAUCCUGGUUAAUGGAUUCCAAGGAGAUCACUGUGGAAACCGCAAACACAUUUCUAUUGCUGCAGACAAUCGUGCACUUCAGACUUUUACAUUUAGAGAGGAACAGAUCAAGUCUGCUGUCCGCUGUGUUAGCUACUGUCAUGCUGAUAACAACUGCCGAUCUGUGAAUUAUCAUAAAACAGAUCAACUUUGUCAAAUGAACAAUCUGACAAGGAUGCAAUAUCCUGCUGAUUUCUUUACACACUACGGCAGUGUGUACUUUGAUGAUGAUGUACACACAUCUCUAUUCUCUGUGCCGCAGUUCAGAGGUUGUGAUGAGGUCCUUCAAGCUGGUCAUAAUGUGAGUGGUAUCUACACGAUAAUCCCAGCUGGAUUCAAUGAUGGGCUACAGGUCUACUGUGACAUGGAGACUGAUGGAGGGGGAUGGAUCGUCAUUCAGAGGCGUCAAGAUGGCAGCGUUGACUUCAGCCGCAACUGGGCUGACUACCAGGUUGGAUUUGGCAGCUUGUCUGGUGAGUUCUGGCUUGGGAAUGACAACCUACGCAGCCUGACUGAGACUGAAGGUAAGUGGCAGCUACGAAUAGACUUAGAGGACUGGGAGUAUAACACGGCCUGGGCUGAAUAUGACGACUUUCAGAUUCGUGGAGAUAACUACAAACUCCGAAUUGACUCAUACAACUCCUACAGCACUGCAGGAGACUCACUUACAAGACAUAAUAAAAUGAUGUUUUCAACUAAAGACAGGGACAAUGACAGAGGUUAA